UUUUUAGCUGUACAAAACAGCUUGUUUUGCUUCCUCGAAAUUGCAAACUGGUGUGUCUUAUCUAUAUUAUUUUAAUGUAUUAUCUUAAUUAUAAGCACACUGUUUGUAGUGCAAACUGUUUUACCGUUUACUGCACAUUGUUAUUCUUCUAAUUAUUCCUCUAUAGCGGAUAAUGAAGUGCAUUUUUGGUGGGAAUACAACCCAAACACCAGCGCCCAGUUCAAAAGAAAUAUAUUUGGCCUUCAGGUUAUCAGGAUUGUUUUGAAAUUUUGAAAAUAGUUUGUUCAAAUGGAAAAAAUUAUAAAUCAGAUGAUGAUGAAAGCAGAGUAGAUUACAUAAUCCAGUCUUUUAGAGUUUUAGCAAGGGUGUUGGUAAAUUCUGUGAUGUUUUAUGAUUUAGUUAAUUUGUCUCACUCUUAAACUCUAUAUGUCAUUAGAUAAAAUUACAUUAAAAGUGUUAUCAUAUAUGAUAUAUAUAAUAUAUCAUAUAUAUAUAAUCUAUGAAAUUAAAAUGAACACAAAGUUUACACCUUCAUAACUGUCAAUCCCUAAUUCUUCAUUUUUGCUAUAAAUAGGCUUGUUCUAAUCAAGCUCAGCCACUUCCAUUAAUUUGAGUAAUAAAUGGAAGUGCCUGAGCUUGAUCAGAACAUGUUUCUAAAAACUUGAAGAUAUAUAAAUAUACGUCACUAAAUGCCAAUAACAACAAUGGAAUAUUCAUUUAUGUAAAGUCACGGAGUCAAAGGUACUGCAUGGAAUGAAUGACCGACCCAUCUGUGACAGGUACGAUAAGCAGGUAAUUUUCCGUGCGUAAACAUGUCAGCCAAUCAAAACAGCCUAAGUGUCUACGUCAGCAGACUUUCAUGCUCUAUCACCUGUAGCUGUAAAACACACCUGUGGACGCGCGUUGGCUGGGCUGGGUGCGGAAGCGCGCGUGUGUGUGUGCACCCAGAGCUUAAACUCUGCGCGGCCAUGUGGGGGUUCAUCUCGUAUCUUAACAGCCCCGAACUGGUGGCCAGCUUCCAGCGGUGCUGCGGCCUGGUUCCGAGAGAGACGUGCUCGUAUGUUAGUCAAAACGGAGUCGUACAGUUAAAUGGAUCCGUUAAGGACAGUCCGGUCACGAUACACCAGCGCAAAGCGGAGCAGGUGGCGAACGGGACGUCACGCGCACACGACAGUAACUCCAACUAUAAAUCCGCCAGUUCACAGUGUGAAACCAAAGGCGAUGAGCAUCCCAGACCUCAUUAUGAGGUGAAGAACUGGCUUUUCUACUUGCUGUUUGUGACAUCGGCCACUCUGGGCCAUGAGGUCUUUUACAUCACCUUCCUUCCCUCCAUCCACUGGAACCUUGACCCAUUUCUGUGCAGGCGGCUUGUCAAUGUGUGGGCUGUGGUGAUGUAUAUUGGCCAAGUGAUGAAGGAUAUUUUAAAACUGCCACGUCCUUCAUCUCCCCCUGUGGUCAAACUGGAGACGCGUGUGGACGCGGAGUACGGGAUGCCAUCCACACAUGCCAUGGCAGCGACGGCCAUCUCAUUUACACUCCUCCUCAGUGCUCAGGAGAGAGUGAAGUUCCCAUUUGAACUGGGACUGAUUGUGGCCGUGGUUCUGUCUACGCUGGUGUGUCUGAGUCGUCUUUAUACCGGCAUGCACUCUGCUCUGGAUGUGAUCUGUGGCGUUGUAAUUUCAGCCGUCAUCAUGGCAGUGUCGUACCCAUACUGGGGAACCAUUGACUACCUGCAGCUCCACAACCCUCUCGCUCCUGUGGUGGGGGUGGUUCUGCCCCUCUUCCUGUGCUAUAAGUACCCUAAACUGGACCAUUACAGCACCACUCGGGGGGACACCACUAUUAUUUUAGCAUGCUGUUCGGGAUGUGCAGUUGGAUACUGGGUGAAUGAGCGUUUGGGCUUGACCUUUGACCUAGCCGGGCCUUUUCCAGCGACCCUUCCCCCCCUGACCCUUGCAGCCUUGGGUCUCGGUAUGGCCCGGUUUGUGGUUGGGUUAGGGAUGCUGGUCCUGACCCGGCAGACGGUGCGCUGGGUGAGUCUGCGGGUGCUCUGUCGAAUUUACGGAGCGUCUGUGAGUGACAUCGAUGCACGCAGGAGGAAAGAGAUCGAGGUACCGUAUAAGUUCAGCACGUAUGUUGCCAUCGGACUGGUCAACAGUAUCUUGGUGAACAGAGUGUUUGUGAUGAUGGGAAUCUGGGGUUUGGGAAAUUCUGUGUAAUUUCUCAGUGUUUACAGGCGAGUUUGAACAGAAUAUCAAUUCAUAAUUCGUUCUCAGGGAGAAAAUCACUUUAGUCUUUGUUCAGGAAUGGUUGGCACAUGAAUUCACACAUUGAACAAUAGUUUGUUAAACCUACUAGCUGCACUGAUUUUUAAAGGAAUAUUCUUGGUUAAAUACAAGCUAAAGAUGAAGUGUGUAAUUCCUGUGCCACAAGAGUCACCAAAUGAAAUCAUAACUGCAUACAAAUAA